AUGGCGAAGAGGGAGGUGCGCUUCACAAACAUGCCCAUCACAGCCGACGUGGUGGUGGACGAGAGUAACGAGAUGCAGAACUACGUGCCCACGCGCUUCGAUGACGCGCCAGGCCGCACCAUAGCGAAGAGGGAGGUGCGCUUCACAAACAUGCCCAUCACAGCCGACGUGGUGGUGGACGAGAGUAACGAGAACAAGCGGAUCAAGGGAGUCGUUAAGGUGCUCGAGGGAGUGAACAGCGCCGUGAAGAAGACCAGCGUAGGGCCUGUAGCGGGGGAAGGCACGGGUAAGCAAAAACGAUAUGGUUUGAACAAGGACGACGUGCUUCUCUACGAGCGCGAAAACAUCAUCAUGACAGAUGCGUUCUUAGCAGCUCGUAGCCCGCGCGCAAAGCGAGUUAGUGUUCGCUCCGAUGACUACGACUACAACUUUGUGAUCCCCAAGAAUCUGGUCAUUAAAUUGGACGCUGUUGUUAAGGCAGAGGAAGCGAAGCGACGCACGCCCGCUUCGUUUGGUGGCAAUGCAGAAGACGAGACUACGAGCCGCUGUGCAGCUCGUCUCAUCGAGCUACCAUGGAAGAUGCUUACAACGAGACUGUGGCUAAGUUUAUACGUGACUGGCACACAGCCACAAUGUCGCUGGUUGAUCAUCCCGUUGAGGAGAGCAGGGUGUGGCUCGAAGGGCCAAAGCAGCCUGAUGGAUGAUGGUGCUGUCAUGCGUCUACGCGUCAUGUGGAUGAUUCUCAUGCAGCCUGACGAGAGUACAACGUCAAACAAGGUCGCUAAAGCUGUCCAGUCAACCGACAUCGAGCUUAUUGCAACGAUCACGACAUAA